AUGAUUUUGUACUUCCUCGAGUCAAGAUUCAAGGUGACACCAAUAGCUAUCUCAAUCUUGAUGGUGUGCAGCAUACGAGGAAACACACUCUCUGGAUUACCAUUCUCAGCGGCAGAGCUUUGGAGUCGCGGCGUGUAUACAAUUAAGAAGGGCGCAGCUAUACAUGCCGUCGAAAAAAUCAUUCGUGUGUUGACGAAAUCCAAUGGUGUCCAAAAUGUGUCCGCUGGCCAGACCGCCACCAAAUUUCAAUCUCUUAGUCUCCAGGCCAACUUCGAUGUACAGACCAAUGGCACUCAACACAAAAUUAGGCGGAGGAUGCACCGAACGCCAUGUUUUACGCCUUCCUGGCCUGACAUAUCAAACGCAUCAAGUGAUGCUGUAUCAUCAGCACCAAUACCUCUCAAACUUCCGGACUGGGGAGCAAAGCCUGCGCUCCGCUAUCAACCCAAAGACAAAACACCGGAAAUCCGCCUAAAGGCGCGUAUCACCGGGGGUCGGAUUACCUGCGGAGUUCGGCCUUAG